GUACGUUUUUGCUACCGUACCUUAUCUUUCCGACGCCUCCAGUGCUAUCCGCUCCACGUCACCAGUGCUCCACGUGGAGUACCCGUCGUCCUUUCGUGUCUAUGCUUCCGACGAUGUGGUUCGUCUCCGACACUUCUCCAUAUUCGCGCUCUCAGAUGGUGGGGAUGCAGCGCGGGGUCAGCUUCGACUCUUGUCAAGAUGGAUGAUCGGAUGAUGGGCGCUGGGAGCGGUUACCGGUGCCGUCCAACUUGAUCCGUCGCCAUCAUAGCCCACGGCGGGUUAGGGAUAAGCCGUGGAUGACGGUAUAUAUUUAGAAUAUUUGUUUUCUCUCAUGUCAACAAUUACUCUAGCAGUUCAUCAGUACACUUCACAACCAUCCUUUCCGUCUGUAUUCCCUUCCGUCAUUAUACCCAUAACAUACAGUGCAGUCCUCCCAGUCUUCCUAGAAAUUAUAGGGCAACGAUGGCGUCCAAGCAGCUGUCUUUCCCACAGUUCAAGCUGUCUCAUCAACAGGGUGAGAACGAGCUCGUGGACGUCAUCCUCAAGCGAUGGGCACAUUCUCUCUCGGGGCAACCAACGACAGAGGUGCUCCCGCCCGGAAUCGACAUUAACACAUGGAAGGUAAUCUUCUCCAAGUUCCUGGAGGUCCUCGGAGAAGAGGGUGUGAUUGUAGGCGAUGAGCACAAGUUGAACUACCUCGACAUCUUCAGCCUUAGAGACAAUGAGCAGGACGUCCGGGGUAGCCCUUGCGCUGUCUGUCCCACCACCGUCGAGCACAUUCAGGCCAUUCUCAAGAUUGCCAACGAGUACAAGAUCCCAGUAUGGACCGUGGCGAGAGGAAAGAACCUGGGUUAUGGCACCAAUGCUGGAAGGAUACGUGGAUCCGUCAUCAUUGACCUGCAAAAUAUGGACAAGGUCAUUGAGAUUAACGACCACUUCUCUUACUACACAGUCGAACCCGGAGUGUCCUUCUUCAAGCUCUACGAGGAGAUCCAAAAGCAGAAGAAGAACGUGUGGAUGUCGGUACCAGCUCUGGGAUGGGGCUCCGUCGUCGGCAAUACACUGGACCGCGGUUGGGGCUACACUCCCCACGGCGACCACAACAACCAGAUCUGCGGUCUAGAAGCCGUCCUCGCCGACGGCACAUUGGUCCGAACAGGCAUGGGUGCGCUCAGCGAGAAGAUGUGGCCCCUGUUCCGCGGCGGCUACGGCCCAACGUACGAGAGCCUGUUCUCCCAGUCAAACUUUGGCAUCAUCACCAAGCUCACGCUGUGGUCCUCUCCGGCCCCGCUCGGCUUUAUGUCGUGCCACAUCCGCGUCCAGAAGGAGACGGAUCUAGUGCAGAUGGUGGACAUCUUCCAGGACCUCCUCAAGCACGACGUCAUCCAGAACCACCCUGUCAUUGGCAACAUCUUGCGCGAGCUUGGCAAGCGGGGCACCCGCAAGAAGUGGUACGACGGCAAGGGCGCCAUCCCCGACUGGCGCCUGGAGGAGCUCGCUAAGGAGAUGGACUUGUCAUGGUGGGAUGCCAACUUCGGCCUCUACGGGCCCAAUGAGAUCAUCGAGGUCAACUUCAAGCGCUGCCAGGAGGCCUUCAAUGCCAUUCCCGGCGCCCGGCUCCGGGGUAACGCGUACUACCCCGACCCCUCUAAGGGUCAGAAGUACCUCCCCGCCUCGGCGGUACCCUACCAAGACGCCUGGCUGCAAACGGGUGAGCCCUCUAUGGGUCCCAUCGUCUCGAUCCAGUACCGCGGCCUGGACGGCGGCCACAUCUCCUUCUCCCCCGUCCUCCCUGCCGAGGGCCAGGCGGCUCUGGAUUGGUACUACGAGGCCAAGAAGAUCUGCGCCAAGUACGGGUUCGACUUCAUGGCCGGCCUUCAUCUCUACCAGCGCCACCUCGCGCACCUGAUCAUGAUCUACUUCGACCGCACAGACCAGGAUGACAAGACGGCGGCCAACGAACUGUUCGUCAAGCUCGUGCUCCGCGCGAAGGACUUCGGCUACGGCGAGUACAGGGCGCACAUCGACCACAUGGACCUGGUGGCCGACCAGUACAACUUUGGCGCCGCCGACGAGGGCGCCAACGGCGUGCCGGCUCUCAUGAGGAUGAACAACCGCAUCAAGGACGCGCUCGAUCCCAACGGCGUCCUGUCGCCCGGUAAGCAGGGUAUCUGGCCCAAGCAGUACAGGGGCAACAAGGCGAAGGGGAGCGACAGGGGUCAGGAGAUCCGGGAGUUGAAGAAUGGCGAUGGUGUGGACGAUAUCACCAACGUGGUCAAGAACGGCCUGUAGCGGUACCUUUGAUAUAGGAGUUGAAGUCUAUAGAAAGAAUUAACUAUAGAAGGGGC